AUGAAUGGACAAGAAGGUGAUGAUAAUUAUGAUGUGUUUGAUCACAUUCUCAACCCAAGCUUUGUGGGUAUAGCUGAUGAUGAUGGGAGUGAUGCUAACGUUGGUGCUCUGUCUGGUAAUGACGAUCAAGAUGGUGGAACUUCAAGGGGAGCUGUUAGACGCGCUCCUCAACAGAUCGAAGAACUCGAAAAAUUCUUCAAGGAGUGUCCUAAACCUAGUCAGGAACAGAAGUCGGAACUUGGACGAAGGCUUAACAUGGAGAUUAAUAAAGUCAAGUUUUGGUUUCAGAACAGGAGAGCGCAAGAGAAAGUAUACGAAAACAUAGAGCAUCAUCAUCGUUGUGUCACUUUCCGGACGCAUGAGAGCCGCCGUGAGAAUCAUGCACUGAAAGCGGAGCAGGACAAGUUGCGACGAGAACACGAGCAGCUCAAACAAGCAGUGAAGCAUUAUUCAUGCAGCAUUUAUGGUGGGACAGAAAUUUCCCGUGUGGUGCAACAACGUAUAGAAGAGAGUGCUGGAGUACUGAAGCAGCAGAGAGAGAUGGCUAAAAGCUUACUUACAUCUCCCGUUCAAUGGCCCGUUUCUCCAUCCCCGGCGCAGGCUUCUUCUCCUUUGAUGGUCUCCAAUCCAGAAAGUGAUGCUCUACAAGAACAAAACAAACAUUCUGAUCAUUCUGGUGAAGCUUCGACGAUAGAUACGCUUUUUGUCAGUUCAUCGACACCACCACAUUCUCCUUCCUUGAUGGUCUAUAAUCCAGAAAGUAAUGCACCGCCAGAUUUCGAUUUCAAUGACGAAACUUUGAACGAGAUAUCAGCUUUUUUGGCCAGCUCAUCCGCAGCACAUGCUUCUUCUUCUUUGAUGUUCUCUGAUCAAGGAAGAAACGCACCACUAGGAGUUGAUUCAGGUAGUGACAUGACCGACAUGUCAACAGCUUUUGUCAGUCCAUCUGCUGCGCCUUCUCCUUCCUUGAUGGUUUCUACUCAAGGAAGAAACGCACCACUAGGAGUUAAUCCAGGUAGUGACAUGAGCGACAGGUCAACAGCUUUUGUCAGUCCAUCUGCUGUGCCUUCUCCUUCUUUGAUGGACUCUACUCAAGGAAGAAACGCACCACAAGGACUCCAUUUCAGUGGUGAAACUUUGAACGAGAGAUCAAAUUAUUUCGGCAGUUCUUCCGCAUCACAUGCUUCUUCUUCUUCUCUAAUGUUCUCUGAUCAAGGAAGAAACACACCACUAGGAGUUAAUUCAGGUACUGACAUGAACGACAGCUCAACAGCUUUUGUCAGUCCAUCUGCUGCGCCUUCUCCUUCCUUGAUGGUCUCUCAUCAUGGUAGAAACGCACCGCAAGAACUCCAUUUCAGUGGCGAAACUUUGAACGAGAGAUCAAAUGUUUUCGGCAGUUCAUCAGCAUCACAUGCUUCUUCUUAUUCUCUGAUUUUCUCUGAUCAAGGAAGAAACGCACCGCAAGAACUCCAUUUCAGUGGCGAAACUUUGAACGAGAGAUCAAAUGUUUUCGGCAGUUCAUCAGCAUCACAUGCUUCUUCUUAUUCUCUGAUUUUUUCUGAUCAAGGAAGAAACGCACCACUAGGAGUUAAUUCAGGUAGUGACAUGAACGACUGGUCAACGGCUUUUGUCAGUUCAUCUGCAGCACCUUCUUCUUCCUUGAUGGUCUCUCAUCAAGGAAGAAACGCACCACAAGAACUCCAUUUUAGUGGUGAAACUUUGAACGAGAGUUCAAAUUUUUUCGGCAGUUCAUCAGCAGCACAUGCUUCUUCUUCUUUGAUGUUCUCUAACCAAUGGAGAAACGCGCCACUAGGAGUUAAUUCAGGUAAUGACAUGAACGACAGGUCAACGGCUUUUGUCAGUUCAUCUGCUGUGUCUUCUCCUUCCUUGAUGGUCUCUACUCAAGGAAGAAACGCACCACAAGGACUCCAUUUCAGUGGUGAAACUUUGAACGAGAGAUCAACUUUUUUGGGCAGUUCAUCCGCAGCAUAUGCUUCUUAUCCUCUGAUGUUCUCUGAUCAAUGGAGAAACGCACCACUAGGAGUUAAUUCAGGUAAUGACAUGAACGACAAGUCAACGGCUUUUGUCAGUACAUCUGCUCUGUCUUCUUCUUCCUUAAUGGCCUCUCAUCAAGGAAGAAACGCAUCACAAGGACUUGAUUUCAGUGGUGAAACUUUGAACGAGAGAUCAUAUUAUUUCGGCAGUUCUUCCGCAGCACAUGCUUCUUCUUCUCUGAUGUUCUCUGAUCAAGGAAGAAACGCACCACUAGGAGUUAAUCCAGGUAGUGACAUGAACGACAGGUCAACAUAUUUUGUCAGUCCAUCUGCCGCGCCAUCUUCUUCUACUCAAGGAAGAAACGCACAACAAGAACUUCAUGUCAGCGGUGAAACUUUGAACGAGAGAUCAACUUUUUUGGGCAGUUCAUCCGCAGCAUAUGCUUCUUAUCCUCUGAUGUUCUAUGAUCAAGGAAGAAACGCACCACUAGGAGUUAAUUCCGGUAGUGGCAUGAACGACAUGUCAACAGCUUUUUUCAGUCCAUCUGCUGCGCCUUCUCCUUCCUUGAUGGUCUCUACUCAAGAAAGAAACGCACCACAAGGACUCUAUUUCAGUGCUGAAACUUUGAACGAGAGAUCAACUUUUUUCGGCAGUUCAUCUGCAGCACAUGCUUCUUCUUCUUUGAUGUUCUCUGAUCAAGGAAGAAACGCACCACUAGGAGUUAAUUCAGGUAGUGACAUGAACGACAGGUCAACGGCUUUUGUCACUCCAUCUGCCGCGCCUUCUCCUUCCUUGAUGGCCUCUACUCAAGGAAGAAACGCCAAACAAGAACUCAAUGUCAGUGACGAAACUUUGAACCAGAGAUCAAAUGUUUUGGGCAGUUCAGCCGCAGCAUAUGCUUCUUAUUCUGUGAUGUUCUAUGAUCAAGGAAGAAACGCACCACUAGCAGUUAAUUCAGGUACUGACAGGUCAACAGCUUUUGUCAGUCCAUCUGCUGUGUCUUCUCCUUCCUUGAUGGUCUCUACUCAAGGAAGAAACGCGCCACUAGGAGUUAAUCCAGGAAGAAAUGCACCACAAGAACCUCAUUUCAGUGCUGGGAAGAAAUUCACCACAACUUUUUUCGACAGUUCAUCUGCAGCACAUGCUUCUUCUUCUCUGCUGGUCUCCGAUCCAGGUAGUCAAAUGAACGACAGAUCAACGGAUUUUGUCAGUCCAUCUGCUGCGCCUUCUCCUUCCUUGAUGGUCUCUGAUCAAGGAAUGAAUGCGCCACCAAAACCUUUUUCGGGUGGUGAAACCGGGGCGAUGAACGAUGACUCAGUGUUGGAAUAUGCCACUGCGGCUAUGAACCAGUUGGUUAUGAUGGCGGAAACGAACAGUCCAUUUUGGAGAAGAGACUCACGCACUAAGAGAGAUAAAUUGAACUAUGAUGAGUAUAAAAGAUAUUUCGGCGAUGGUUUGAAAAAACCUCCCAGGUUUGUUAUGGAGGCUUCUAGGGAAACUGGUACGGUUCUCAUGGAUAGGCUGGCUCUGGUCAAGACUCUUACGACUGAAAAAUGGGUCAACGUGUUUGCACCUAUUGUGUCUGUGGCAGCAAUCAAGAAACUGACACCUACCGGUUUUUCUGGACCCAGUGGCUCUCUUCGACUGAUUGAAGCAGAUUUUCAGGUCAUUUCUCCGUUGGUGCCAAAUAGACAUGUCAAGUUUAUUAGAUACUGCAACAUGCUCAGAGAGGGCUUAUGGGUGGUUGUCGACGUUACACCUCGUCACGAAAAUCUGAAUUUGCGGUUUGAUCGUGGUCCGAGCCGCCUACCCUCUGGUCUUAUCAUACAGGACUUGACCAAUGGUUCCUGCAAGGUUACAUGGAUUGAGCUAGCCGAAUAUAAUGAGAACCGCAUCCCUCAACUAUACCAUAAGGUGAUUGGCUCUGGGAUUGGGCUAGGCGCAAAGAGGUGGCUCACAACGCUGCAGAGAUACUGUGAAAACGUGUUCACUCUUUCCUCUAUCAACGUGGCUCAAGUUUACCAAGGAGGACUGUCUGCAAAUGUUGCAACUGAGAUAGUGAAGCUAGCGAACCGCAUGACGCUGAACUAUUACUCCGGUAUCACCGGCUCUUUGGCGCGAAGGUGGAAGAGGAUUAAUGUGGAAGGCGAGGGACAUCAAGACGUGAGACUAAUGACCCGAAGGAACGUGGGUGCGCGCGGCGAGUAUACCGGGAAAGUGUUGAAUGCAGCCACUUCUGUGUGGUUUCCAGUGAACAAGCAAACAAUGUUUGAUUACCUCAACAACGAAAGUCUCAGAGGCCAGUGGGAUGUCAUGACCAAGGACGGCUCCAUAGAAAAUGAGAUCAAGAUUCCGAAAUCAAGACGCCAAGGAAACUGCGUCUCUCUGCUUAAAGUCCUUUUUGCAAAACAGUGGCAAGGGGGAGGUAUGUCAGUUCUGCAAGAGACGUGGAACGAUGAAUCUGGUGCAUUGCUGGUGUACGCACCGAUGGAGUUGGCAUCAGUGGAGGAGAUCAUGAGUGGUAAAGCUUUUGAUGCUGCGAAGAUUCUUCCUUCAGGGUUCCAUAUAUUACCAGACGGAAGAGAGUCUGGAACUGGUGGAGGAUGUCUGGUCACACUUGGGUUUCAGUUCUUGGUUAACAGUAAACCAACCGAGGAAGUCGCUCAAGGCUUUGUCGGGUUCAUUGAAGAACGCGUGGCUACCACUCUUGCCAAAAUCAAAUCCGCUUUAGAUGUGCAAACAUAG